UAUGUGUGUAGGGGGCAGGGUCGCAGGUAUCAUGGAGGAUCAGUGAAGAUAGUGAGGCGGACGAAGGAAGAGUUGUAGCCGCUCUAAAGUGUUUUCUCUCAACAUGGACAUGAAGAAGCGGGUCACAGUGGAGCUCCGGGGCCGGAGCCCGGCCGAGAUUGCAGAGCUGGUGUUGGACAACAGUCCCUCAGCAGAUGGAGAGAUUGAAGGUCUCACAGAUGACUUUAAGGAGCUGGAGUUUCUCAGUUUGAUCAACGUGGGUCUGAACUCUCUGACCAAACUGCCUUCACUGCCCAAACUACACAAGUUGGAGCUGAGUGACAACAACCUGUCAGCGUCUCUGGAGAUGCUGUCAGAGAAAUGUCCAAACCUCACCUACCUCAACCUGAGCGGCAACAAGAUCAAAGAACUGAGCAGCGUGGAGGCACUGCAAAGCCUGAAGAGUCUCCAGAGUGUGGACCUGUUUAACUGUGAGGUGACGUCUCUGGACGACUACAGAGACUCUGUCUUUGAGCUCCUGCCUCAGAUCAUUUACCUGGACGGUUUUGACCAGGACGACAACGAGGCGCCCGACUCUGAGGACGAAGAGGAGGACAGGGACGGACCGCCCGGAGACUAUGAUGAUGAGGAUGAUGAAGAUGAGGAAGAUGAGGACAAUAAAGAGGGAGGACAAGUGGGACGUAGCUUUCAGGAGGAUGAAGACGACUAUGGAGAGGAAGAAGAUGAAGAGGAAGACGAUCAGCCAGGCGUUCAGAGACAGAAGAGAAAGAGGGACGUGGACGAUGAAGGAGAGGACGACGACGAUGAAGACAAUUAGUCCAUGAGUGUCUUCAUGUUUCUGUCUGAACCCGAUGUCCACCUCACAACAAACAUCUGGACGAGGGACACGUCUGUUUUAGACAAGAUUUUAUCUCAACCAAAUUUCCCUUUAAACUCUGGUCCUGUUUUAUUAGUCCAUGUCCAGUCUCAUUAGUCCACGUCCAGUCUCGUUAGUCAAUGUCCAGUCUCGUUAGUCCAUGUCCAGUCUCGUUAGUCCAUGUCCAGUCUCAGUGUGUGUGUGAUGUCGUCAUCCUGGGACUAAAACAAAAUCUUGUAUGCACUUUGUGGGCGGAGCUUCGCCUGAGAUCUGGACUCCGCCCUCUGAGCUCAUGCAUCAUCAUAAUUGGACCAGAGCUCCUCCCACUACAGGAACUUCAGGAUCAUGUUUCUCCACCGCCCCCACCCCCCCGUCAUGUUCCUGAUUAGAUUUAUUGUAGGGAAUCUUUGGGGUGGGUGGGGUUAGUUUUUUUUUUUUAGACUGCUGCUGGUCGUCCUUUAGGCUCCGCCUCCUGAAAACUACCUGUGUAACACAUAAACAUGUCCCCGUCUCCACUUCCUGUGAUGACGUGAAGUCACCUGAACGCAUGUGCAGUGCAUUGUGGGGGCGUGGUCUGAGCACGGACACACCUGUUUUUUCCUCUAUUGUAAACUUUUAGCUGUUUUCUUUUUACACUUUUUGAAACGGGCAUUUUAACUCCGCCCACUCGUCUGUGUUUUAUAAAGUGUUCCUGACGCCAUCUACUGGUGAAAAGAAAUAUUGAUCAGGAGAUAGUUAUCGUGACCCAGGUCUUUGGACGUAACAUGGUGUUUUUAAGAGUGUAAAGUUCAAAGGUCGCUCAGGUUGUUAUGGCAAUACUGUAAAUAUGUUUCCUCUGACCUUUCACCCCAGCCGUCAUCAAAAAAAAAAACUGAAUUUUGUGGUGAAACGUUUUUCAAUAAAAAGAAAAAACUGUUUUUAACCGAUCUGUAAUUGAUUUAAAUGAUGACUCAGCAGCUGCUGUCCAGACCUUCUGGCUCCUCCCACUGACCACCUGCAGGGGGUGACACCUGAACACGUGUGGGGUAGAUUCCACUGAAUGUUUGUCAUGAUGACACAGGAGCGACAGUUUGACUUCCUGUUUGUCACCAGUCUUUUUUAUCAUGGCUAUGUUGGCAUGAGUGUCAUUUUCAUCAGCGCUGAAAAGUCCCAGAAUGCUCUGCACUUUACUGCGAGGCACAGCCACCGGCUGUUAACAUAAGCUGAGUUAGCUUAGCAGCUGUUGAUGUUAACGUUAGCUGUGUUAGGCUGACUAACCCAACAAACCCAUGAAAGCAAUAUACUGAAAGCUAAGCUAAUGAAAUAAUGAGCAGUUAAAUAAAUACAAUUCUGAACAAAUGUUUUAUUUUGUUUAUUAAAAUCUAAAAAAGACAAUACCCUGCUUUUUUUAACCCACAAUGCUGUGCAGUGAUUUAAACAAUGUAAAACAUCAAUAAAAACUUUCAUAUUUGAAAGACAA